AUAUAAUAAAACACGAACUCGCCGUGUUCUUCCCAAUUAGAGAGAAAUGGAAAUCCCAGUCCCUCCGCCGGAAAACCUAAUUUUCGUUCACCGGGAGCCAAACGGCGUCGCAUUCGUCAUCAUAAACCGGCCCAAAUCCCUAAACUCGUUGACCCGGUCCAUGAUGGUGGACUUGGCCAAGGCGAUCAAAAGCCUGGCAUCGGAUGAUUCGGUUCGGGUCAUCAUACUAUCCGGUUCGGGCCGGGCGUUCUGCUCCGGCGUUGAUUUGACCGCGGCGGAGGACGUGUUUAAAGGAGAUGUCAAGGAUGUGGAAACCGAUCCGGUUGCUCAAAUGGAGAGGUGCCGGAAGCCCGUAAUCGGAGCUAUAAACGGGUUUGCGGUGACGGCCGGAUUCGAGAUUGCUUUGGCCUGUGAUAUUUUGGUGGCCUCGAAAGAAGCUAAGUUUAUGGACACUCAUGCCAGGUUUGGAAUAUUCCCUUCAUGGGGCUUGUCUCAGAAGCUUUCACGCAUUAUAGGGCCGGGCCGGGCCCGCGAAGCAUCGUUGACCGCAAUCCCAAUUAACGCUGACCAAGCCGAAAAGUGGGGUUUGGUUAAUCAUGUUGUUGAAGGCAGCGAGCUUUUGAAGAAAGCAAGACAAAUUGCCGAAGCCAUGAUCAAGAAUAAUCAAGACUUGGUUUUGAGGUACAAGUCCGUCAUAAAUGACGGACUUAAACUAGAUCUUGGUCAUGCACUCGCUCUCGAGAAGGAAAGAGCUCACGAGUAUUAUAAUGGGAUGACCAAGGAGCAGUUCAAGAAAAUGCAGGAAUUUAUAGCAGGCCGGAGCUCAAAUAAAACGCCAUCGAAAUUGUAAACUUUUUUUUUUUCGUUUUUUAGUUAAAUAAAUUUAGUGGUUCAUCUCAUGUGGAGAGAAUUUACCAAAUAUGUUUAUUUGUCAAACUUUUGUAAUUUCAAUAUCAAGUUAAAUAGUUAAGAGGUUGAUCAUUACA